UGAGGAGAUAACGCGCUUUAGUAGCGGUACUCGUUCCGCGCCUAUUCAUCUUUCAUUAGAUUCCUUUUGUGCUGUUCUUGUGGACCAUCCUCGAGGCGUACUACUACUAAUAAAUGCUCGCUUAGAAAAGUUCUUAGUAGUAAUCGGGUUUUUUAUUAAACAGUUUAGUAUAGUACCAAAAAAAUGGAAGCGGUACUGUUAGAAGCGUCCAGUGGCACGAAUCAGCCGCAUAAGAAUGGACGUGUACCGAUACAGGUACACAGUGCAAACGGUGAUAGUAAAAUGGUUAAUAGUGAUUUAGUGGUGGAUAAGGAUGGGGAGAGUAAUUCUUUGUUAGGCAGAAAGGAGACGACGGUGUUUAAUAUGCAACCGGCCAAUGCGGUUACUGUCGAUGUGAAGUUUGAAAAGGUUACUUAUACCGCUACGGAAGGUAGUUUGUUUAAGGGAAAAGUAAAAAAACGAAUUUUACACGAAAUCAACGGAAGAUUCCCCCCAGGACAGUUGAUAGCCAUCAUGGGCCCCUCGGGGGCUGGAAAAAGCACUUUACUCAACGUCCUUAGCGGGUAUAGCAUACAAGGAGUAGGAGGGAAAGUGCUUAUCAACGGAAACCCGAGGAAACUGAAACCUUUUAGGAGAUUGUCGUGUUAUAUCACCCAAGACGAUCGGUUACAGCCACUGUUGACUGUUAGUGAAAAUAUGCAUAUCGCUGCCGACCUUAAGUUGCCUUCUAGUACAAGUCAAAAAAGGAAACAGGAAAUUAUAGAUGAGAUUCUUGCCACACUGGGAUUAAGUGGUACUAAAGAAACAAAAGCCCAAGGACUUUCUGGAGGUCAAAAAAAGCGACUCAGUAUCGCCUUAGAGUUAGUGAAUAACCCGCUAGUGAUGUUCCUGGAUGAGCCUACAACUGGUUUAGACAGUUCCUCCUGCAAGCAAUGCAUCGAACUACUAAAAGUACUGGCUCGACAAGGCAGAACGAUCGUUUGCACCAUCCACCAACCCUCCGCGUCACUAUUCGAGAUGUUCGAUCAGGUUUACGUACUAUCGGGGGGCAGAUGCUUGUACCAAGGCGGUACGGAGCAAAUGAUCCAGUUUUUCGAGGACGUGCAGAGUCCGUGUCCGAAGUUUCACAAUCCUGCUGACUACGUAAUCGAAUUAGCGUGUGCCGAGUAUGGUCCAGAACGGAUCGACAAAAUGGUGGAAACUUCUCAAAAUGGGAAAAGCCUGAAGUACUUCAAAGAUUCCCAAAAACUGCUGGAGUGCGGAUUUACCGAGAGUACCAUGUUCGAAGAUGAUUCUGGAGAUCUUCAGGCAACUUCGAAGUUCAAUCAGCUGAAAGUUCUUAUGAGACGAGGGUAUAUUAAGUGUAAAAGGGAUCAGACAUUAACUUAUCUGAGGCUAGCAGUGAACGCCUUAACAGCCUUAAUGUUAGGAACGUUAUACUACAAAGCGGGAAUAGACGGAUCCAAGGUCCUGGACAACUACAAUUUGCUCUUCUCCAUAUUGAUGCAUCACACUUUCUCCACUAUGAUGUUGACCAUACUGACCUUUCCCACUGAAAUGAACAUACUGAUCAAGGAGCACUUCAACCGAUGGUACUCCUUGAAGAUGUACUAUACUUCGAUAACCUUGAUCGAUAUACCACUUUCAGUAUUGUGCUGCGUAAUUUUUACGGGAAUCAUUUACUUUAUGACGGCACAACCGUACGAAGCCUUAAGACUUACCAUGUUCUUUGUGACCAGUUUAAUGGUGGUUUUUGUGGCACAGAGCUUCGGAUUGGUCAUUGGGGCUUAUUUUAAUGUUGUGGAUGGAACGUUUCUUGGACCCACCCUAACUGUGCCAAUGAUGAUGUUCGCUGGUUUCGGUGUAUCUCUUAAAGACUUACCCUCUUACCUUUACUGGGGAAGUUACAUAUCUUACCUCAGAUUUGGGUUGGAAGGGGUGGUGGGGGCGAUUUACGGACUCGACAGACCCACCCUGGAUUGUCCCGAUGAUGGAAAUGUCAAUUAUUGUCAUUAUAAGUAUCCAAAGAAGUUUUUAGAAGAUGUAGCGGUCAAAUCCGACCAGUUUAGUAAUGACGUAAUAGCAUUGCUGCUAUUCUGGUUUAUUCUCCGUACUUUAGCUUUCGUUAUGUUAAAAUAUAAAUUACAUUCUGUAAGAUAAAUAAUUACAAAUUUAUAUGUAAAAAUAUAAAAAAAAACAAUGCAAUAUAAUAAUAUUAGUGAGUACUUAUAUAAUAUAUUAUAAUUUAAGAGCAUUACUUAGCUAUUUUCAAUAAAAAACAUCAAUCGUAUCAAUUUAAGUUAUGCAUAAUUGCUUCAAAGAAUUUAAUUAAUGCUCUUUAUUUUAAUUUAACUUAGUCGUUUUUCUGUGAUUAAUUUAUGUGCUAAAAGGGUUUUUUUUACAUAUAUAUUAACUAGACAUAAUUAUUUUUGUUAAUAAUCAUUAUAUAUUGUUAUUUAAUAGGAGGAGAAUUUAUACGUGUUUUAGUGAUAUUUUUUUUAUAAAU